GGCACCGUCCUCCCUGGGAGCGCGAGCCCCGCCGAGGCCUGUCCUGCCCGAGCUCGCGCUCCCGGCCUCCCCGGCGGCAGUGCGCAGCCCCGUCCAGUGCGCCCUCAGGCCCAGUCCGCGGCGGUCCGGCGGGUGAUGCCCAACACAGCCAUGAAGAAGAAGGUGCUGCUGAUGGGGAAAAGCGGGUCGGGCAAGACCAGCAUGCGAUCCAUCAUCUUUGCAAAUUACAUUGCCCGCGACACCCGGCGCCUGGGCGCCACCAUUGACGUGGAGCACUCCCACGUCCGCUUCCUGGGGAACCUGGUGCUGAACCUGUGGGACUGCGGCGGCCAGGACACCUUCAUGGAGAACUACUUCACCAGCCAGCGAGACAACAUCUUCCGCAACGUCGAGGUCCUGAUCUACGUGUUUGACGUGGAGAGCCGCGAGCUGGAGAAGGACAUGCAUUACUACCAGUCGUGCCUGGAGGCCAUCCUCCAGAACUCGCCCGACGCCAAAAUCUUCUGCCUGGUGCACAAGAUGGAUCUGGUGCAGGAGGACCAGCGUGACCUGAUUUUCAAAGAGCGAGAGGAAGACCUGCGGCGUUUGUCUCGCCCGCUGGAGUGCGCUUGCUUCCGAACGUCCAUCUGGGACGAGACGCUCUACAAGGCCUGGUCCAGCAUCGUCUAUCAGCUGAUUCCCAACGUUCAGCAGCUGGAGAUGAACCUGAGGAAUUUCGCCCAGAUUAUCGAGGCCGACGAAGUCCUGCUGUUCGAGAGAGCUACGUUCUUGGUCAUUUCCCAUUACCAGUGCAAGGAGCAGCGGGACGUCCACCGGUUUGAGAAGAUCAGCAACAUCAUUAAGCAGUUCAAGCUGAGCUGCAGUAAAUUGGCCGCCUCUUUCCAGAGCAUGGAAGUCAGGAAUUCUAACUUCGCUGCCUUCAUCGACAUCUUCACCUCCAACACGUACGUGAUGGUGGUCAUGUCAGAUCCGUCCAUCCCUUCUGCAGCUACUCUCAUCAACAUUCGCAAUGCCCGGAAACACUUUGAGAAGCUGGAGAGAGUGGAUGGGCCCAAGCACAGUCUCCUCAUGCGUUGAAUAUUGCCAAAUGCUCCCUGAAAAUGCUGAAUUGCCCUCCCCACCCACUCGUUUUGUUCUGCAUCCUUUAUUUUUAAUAUCAUGUCGUGUGCUUCAAAGUGUACUGCUUAUUACUCCCACCUUUUUUUCCCUGUUGCCCAACCCUUAAACGUUGGAUGCUAUUUACUGAGCUAUCCAGUAGAGCUUUAAGAUGACCCCUCAGAAAAGUCGGUAUGCUGUAACACUAAAGUAGGUGGUGUGUGUGUGUGUGUGUGUGUCCUGAUUAUUUGGUUCUAAUAGAUAAUGCACAUCAGAGCCUUUACAAAGAACUUGUGUAUUCCUGAGGAGACCGCAGAGAUGGAAUGUUACUAUUUUAUCAACAAGGUAUUAAAAUGCAUUUAUAAAUUG